AUGGUACUAAAAUGGAGAGAUGCCCGUGAUGUCAGAAUAUUAUCCACAAAACAUGCACCCAUUACGGUAUCAGUUUCCUCCACUCAUCGCGGUCCGAAAUUGAAACUUUUAGCAGUAAUAAACUGUAAUAAGGGAAAGUCUGGCAUAGACAGAAGUGACCAGAUGGUUUCAUAUGUAACAACAAUAAGGAAAAGUAUCAAAAAUUAGGAAUUGGAAAUUGGCAAUCGGAAAUUGGCAAUUACAUUUACUUAUAGGAACCUCCAUAAUAAAUGCACAUGUGGUAUAUCAAAUAGCAACGAAUAAAAAAAUAAAAAUAAAAAAAUUCCGGAACUUUUAGUUAAAGAAUGGUUACACUUGAAAAAUAUUAGGUUCUAGGCAAUGAUGAGAAGAAAAGAAAAAAGGCAUCUCACCACUUAGAAGUUCGUAAAAAUCCACAGGACAAGAAUAUAAGAAGGAUGUGCUCUAUAUGUUACCAAAAGAAAAGACAAAUUUUCGAAUACCAGGAAGCGAAAAAAAAUUUUAAAAAGACUACAACAAAUAUUGUCCUAACUGUACAAAAUCGCCUCAAAUGUGUGAUUCUACUUUUGGGGGCGCCCAUAUCGGAUUCUGCUGAAGAAACUCUGUUCUUGAACGUUCCCGGUUAUGAAAAUGAUGGACCUUCGGCUUCUGGACAAGGUGGUGAUAGUACUCUUUCUACCUGUAGGAGAGGAGGCGUUGUCACUUAA